AUGGCGCUCAUACCGGCGCUGGCGGCGGACGGCGACCAGCAGGUGCUCUGUCUCCUGCUGAUCUCUGGCGCGGUGCUGGCGGGCGACUACAUCUACUCGCUGCCGCUGUGGUGCCAGACCCAGUGUUCGCAAAAGGGGAAAUUCCCUUACUAUGCGUUGAAGAACGGUGGCGAGUGCUACUGCUUAAAGCUGAAACCGCUGGGGCAAACGGGUACAUGUAACGUCCCCUGUAAAGGGUUCGGCACCAUGAACUGCGGUGGGUCCAACAGUUACGGUGUCUUCGCCAACCCUGACGUCCCCGAUACUGGAUCGCUGGACCUGGACACCAAUACUCAGUCGACGACAUCUACCCCGUCAACCUCUGCCCCUUCCACUGGUUCUACCACUGACUCCACCACUUCAACGUCUGAAGAUUCCACCACUGACUCCACCACUCCCUCGCUGACGUCGUCCCCUACUACCUCCCCUUCGUCAACCACCACCAACCCUCCUUCUAAAACUGACGAUACCACCGCUCAGACGACCUCAGCGCCGCCUCUGACUUAUACCCUCAUCUACACCGCCCUGACCUCAGGUAAUCUGGUGGUGACCAUCACUCAGACCCUGAGCAUCGCCAACCCCACCCUGCUGGCGCUGGCAGCAUCGGCGCUGCUGCUGCUGCUGGCAAACUCGCUGCAGAAGAAAUCACUGACUAAUGUUGGUGCUAUCGUUGGUGGUGUUGUCGGUGGUGUCGGUGGUGCGCUUGUUAUUGCUCUCAUGGCGUUCUUCUUCAUCAGAUGGCGCCGCCAAGCCGGUGACGACGACGACGACGACUACGAAUACGGUCCUGAGAAGUUCGAUGACGGUCCCACUUUAGGUCGUGGUAAUACCGCCAAGGGGCUGAAACGUCUGCGCAACGGCGCGCUCGAUAUGCCGAUGACCAACCCCUUCGACCACCCGCUGGACGCCCACGCCGUCGGCGGGGUCAGACCGCCAGCGCUACCCGACCCUCGAUUAAACCCGGUGAUGAUGGGCCGUCGUCGUUUAAGUGAAGGCCUGUUAGCCGACGACGCCGACUACAGUCGAAAAAUCCUCCAUGUGGCCAACCCGGAGUAG